UGAUGGAAAAAUCAGUUUUGUUUUCAUGAAUGAAUGUUUCAUAUUUAUAAUUUUUUAAUUUUUUUUCGCCAUCGCAUAUAAAUUAUGGCUUAUGAAAUCGAUAAACGUCUUACCGAAUUGACUGUAAGAGAUUUGCCGUUGAAUCGACGGCAGCAAUUAUCCUCAUAUUUAAACGUCGAACAAAUUUUGAUGUCUGAUUGUGGUCUUGCUCGUGAUUAUCGAGGUAUAGCACAACAAUUAAAUCUAUCAUAUUCCGAGAUUACUCAAUUGGAAAAACUAUUCGAUCCUUGUGGAUCAUUAUUGAGCUAUCAACAGGUUGCAAAACUAAGCGUAUUUGACCUGUUCGAAUUGCUCAUAUCGAUUGGCCGAUUCGAUAUUCUCGACGACAUGAUUCCAGUGAUUUUGGACGAUGUGAUCAUUCGGAUUAACCGUGACCAUAAUCAAUCGGAACAAAAGCUUGUACCUAUUCAACAUGAAUCAACCAUUUGGUAUGACGCAUAUGUUUGUUAUGCUGAUUCAGAUUUGGAUUUCGUUCGUAGUCUUACUGAAUACCUUGAAACACCUGCUGUUGGAUUUCGUUUAUUUGUUCGCGAUAGAGAUCUUAUGGUAGGAAAUUGGGUAUAUGAAACAUUCGCUAGGCUAAUCGAAACACAAUGUCGUCGAAUGAUCAUUAUAUUGUCGCCGGAUUUUUUUAAAUCUCAUGAUUGUAAAUUCCAAUCCAUGUUUGCUGCUGGUUUGGCAAUCGAGAAAUGUCAACGUAUAUUGAUACCGAUUAUUUAUAAACGCUGUGAAACGAUACCGUCAAUUUUACGGUUAAUGAGUAAAAUUGACAUGAGUAGUAUGACGAAUUCGAUACCCGAUUGGUCAAUGAAUCGAUUGAUAAAGUCCAUAAGACCAGAGCAAUCACCAUCACAUCAUAAACAAAUAGAACCGCCAGCUCAUAAUCGUCCAAUCGAAUUUGAUAAUAAUAAUGACCAUAAUGACGAAAAUUCUUCUAAUCAUCAAAAUUUCAUGUUACCAAUAGAACAACCCGAAAUAAUAACGAUAGAUUCGGCAAGAGAAAACAAUACUCAGAUUAUAAAUAACACCAUCAUAUCUGUGAUAUCAAAUGAUGAAAAUUCAUCAUCGACUAGGCCUUUGAUUCCAGCUUCUACUGUCAUUGCAACUAGUAGUCAAACAGUAUCGAUGAAAAAUGUCGAUACAAAUCGUUCGAAAAAUUGGAUCAAAACAAUUAAAAAGAAAAUUAAAGUUGCUUUAUGAUUUAUGAUUAUUUUUAUAAAAUUUUUUAUUUCAAAUUUUAAAUAAAGAUACUGUGUUUCAAUUGCUCA